ACUUGCUAUAUAGACCAGGCUGGCCUUGAACUCACAGAGCUCCUGUCUCUGCCUACUGAGUGCUGGGAUUAAAAGCAUGUGCCACCACACCUGACUGGGGUCACUAUUUUUAAAUGUUCCUCAGUGCAAUGUGAGUGAAAAACAGGGGCUGAGGCAGGGAGUGAAAGAAGAAAAUUGAGUUUUCUAUAGCUCAGUGCUGUAAUUUGGUUUCCUUGGGGUAUGAACUAUGGGUUUUUGUUUGUUUCCAUGGAAUCUUGUCCAUUUGAGCUAUGUCAAAAAUGGAAAUAAAAAUGCCUCCUGUAGAGUGUAGGUGGUGGUUAGGGUACAGUGAUGACAGGUGUGGGCAGUUCCCCAUUCAGCAUCCUUUGUGCUCUGGGCCUCCCAGAAAAGAGAUCUGCCGUGGUUCAGGUGUAAUGAGAUGGUGGAGGCAUAGCUCUUUCCAUUCAUUAUGUCAAAGUCUGUGUUAAUAUUGGGCAAGGUAGCACAGACCUGUAAGUCCCAGCACAGCAGAGGCAGGCUGAUCUCUGAGUUCAAGGCCAACCUGGGCUGAUACAUACAGUUCCAGGCCAGACAGAACUAGGUCUCAAACUGCUGCAGGUCUACAGGGUCUCAUUUAAUAUUCACAGGAACAGUGCAAGUUGGGAGUCGUAGGAGGUACAGUAAUGACCACUCAAAAGUGUCUGCUUCUGAUCACCAGAACCUUGACUCACCUCAUACAUGACAAGGGACUCCAGGUGGGAUUGAAGAUACUAGUGAUGGGGGGAUUGUACUGUGCAGUCUUUGUCACAUAAGUUCUUCAAAGUGGAGCACAAGUGUACAGACUCUCGUUGGAAGAUUGUUCUUCAAACCAUUGUUUGGUUUAAGGCCAUGGUGGAAAACAAAAGCCUGCAUUAUAAUGUUUUAUCAUGAGGAAAUCUGUUAAGAGGGGCCACACACUUUGCAAUUAGAUCUGGAAAAAUUCAUGCCAAGUACAUCCAGAUGAAGUCCUCAGCUCCUCUCUUGAGAAUAAGCAUGUGAAACUGAAUGCUCUACAGUUUUGUGUUAGUAUCAUGGCCCCUUUAAGAGCACAGGAGGCUAGGCUUGUGGCAGUUGCUUGGAAACCACCAAGCUCUCAGGAGCCCCGAAGCCCUCAUUUGGAUUUGCAGGCCAGGCCAGAGCAAGUGGGUAAGCACCCUAAGGUGGUCUUGUGUGCACAGCAACAACUUAAAACCUGAGCCAGUUCCUUCCUUAGCCUCCCAAGACUGGAGCCCAUGCCAGAUUGAUGAGGGGAAUCCUGCAGCUGGGUGGAGUAGUGCUGGGACUUGUGCCCAGAGUAGAGGCAGGUUUGCAGUUUGCUUGUGCAAUAAUAUAGUGACUUCAUAAGAUUGAGGUAGAGACAUUACUUUAAGAAACAAGUUAGUUUUAUCUGUAGUUUGAAUUUCACUGGUAGAGGGCCAAAAAAAAAAAAAAGGAGUAAAUGCUUGUUCAAGUUGAGAGUAGACACAGCUGAUAUAUUCAUCAGGCCCUUGGACCAAGAGGAGGUUGGGGUGUUGGAGACGGAGAAGCUCUGAGGUGGAAUUGGGCAUGCCUAGCAGAGGUAAAACCCGUCAAUGCUUUGAAACAAAACUGCAUUGACUAACUCUAUACCUAAGGUAAACUCUACCUCUUCCGAAGGCCAUGGUGAAAGAAAAGAAAAAAGCAGACAAGAAAGGGGAUAAGUCUGCUCGAUCUCCCUCCUCUAUUUCUGAUUACCCAGAGUCUUCCAAACAAGAUGGCAAUGCCGGGAAACAGGAAGUACCCACCAGUGUUGUCCCAGUAUUGGAAACACCACUCAAGCAAUCGGCACCCAAACGAGACUCUGCAAAUAUGCAUCAGAAUGCAGAUGAAACCCAGUAUGAAGAGCCCAUCCUGACCAAACUCAUCGUAGAAAGCUAUGAAGGGGAGAAAGUCCGGGGACUGUAUGAGGGAGAAGGCUUCGCUGUCUUUCAAGGUGGAAACACCUAUCAUGGUAUGUUUUCAGAAGGACUGAUGCAUGGACAAGGGACUUACAUUUGGGCUGACGGAUUGAAAUAUGAGGGGGACUUUGUGAAGAAUAUCCCCAUGAACCAUGGUGUGUACACAUGGCCAGAUGGCAGCACAUAUGAAGGUGAAAUAAUCAACGGCAUGAGGAACGGAUUUGGUAUGUUCAAGUGUGGCACACAGCCUGUGUCCUACAUCGGCCACUGGUGUCAUGGCAGGAGACACGGGAAGGGCUCCAUCUAUUACAACCAAGAAGGAACCUCUUGGUAUGAGGGAGACUGGGUAUACAACAUCAAAAAGGGCUGGGGAAUAAGAUGCUACAAAUCAGGAAACAUAUAUGAAGGCCAGUGGGAAAACGACAUGCGCCAUGGGGAAGGCAGAAUGAGAUGGCUGACAACAAAUGAGGAGUAUACUGGUCACUGGGAAAAGGGGAUUCAGAACGGCUUUGGAACACACACAUGGUUCCUAAAGAGAAUCCCCAGCUCUCAGUAUCCUUUGAGAAACGAAUACAUAGGAGCAUUUGUAAAUGGAUCCCGUCAUGGACAUGGGAAGUUUUACUAUGCCAGUGGAGCGAUGUAUGAGGGAGAAUGGGUUUCCAACAAAAAACAUGGCAGGGGCAAAAUGACUUUCAAGAAUGGACGUGUGUAUGAAGGUCUGUUUUCCAAUGACCACAUUGCGCAGUUCCUUGAAUCUGAAAUGGAUUACACACGCAGCCUAGACCGUCGGUCAGAUGUCUCCCAAAGGAGCCGGCAGCCUAGGGGAUCUUCUGUCAGUGCUUGUAGGGAGCCUGAGACUCUACGAAAGUUGGAUGGCAGCGAAAGCCAUUCUGUGUUAGGAUCAAGCAUUGAGCUGGACUUAAAUUUGUUGCUGGACAUGUACCCCGAGGAAACCCAGGAAGAAGAAAAAAAGCAGGUAGAAUAUGCAGUCCUAAGGAACAGCACAGAGUUAAGAAGGAUCUACUGCUUCUACAGCAGCCUUGGGUGUGACCACUCUCUGGAUAACACAUUUUUGAUGACAAAGCUUCACUUCUGGAGAUUUCUGAAAGACUGUAGAUUUCAUCACCACAAUAUAACCCUUGCAGAUAUGGACAGGGUACUAAGUGUCUAUAAUGGCAUACCAAUUGAAGAAAUCCACUCUCCAUUCAGAACUAUACUCUUAAGAACAUUCCUGAAUUACCUCCUGCAGUUGGCUUACCACAUCCAUCACAAAGAAUUCCAGAACAAAAGCCCAUCACUCUUUUUGUGUUUUACAAAACUGAUGACUGAGAACAUUCAUCCACAUGCCUGCCAGGUAAAAGGUAAUUUAUUCAGUGAGCAACAGCGGACACUCUACUCAAUGAAUUAUAUUGAUAAGUGCUGGGAGAUUUAUACAACCUACUGCAGACAAAAUGAAGCCCCACCCUAUGAGCUAACAAUGAAGAUGAGGUAUUUCCUCUGGAUGCUGAAAGACUUUGGGAUGAUAAAUAAGGACUUAACUGCAACCAAGUUUAUGACUGUGAUAGCGGAAGAAAACCCUUUCGUAUAUGAUGGAACUGACAGCAACUUUGAAUUUGAGCUGGUUUUCCUGGAAUUCUUUGAAGCUCUCUUGUGUUUCUCACUCGGCUGCAUUUUUGACCGGAUGACUAGAUCCUAUUUAAAAGUUCCAUAUGAUGAUGUUACUGGAAACCGAUACGGCAGCAUACAUACAAUACUAAACCAGAACCUCCACAGGAGCCCAAGUGCACUCACAAGCCAUGAUUCUGAUGUCCACUUCAGCAGCACCAAAUCAUCAUCUGAUAAGAUAAGAGUUUUGCCUGAUAGUAAAAUCAGGAAAUCAGAGCCCAAGCUCAAGAAGUCUCUAAGUGAGGACAAAUACUACAAAAUGAACUUCAAACAUCAAGGAAGAGGGCUGGUGUUUAUGUCUCCAAAUGAGAAAUAUGAAAAACCCAAAGAUGAACAGAAAGAAAAACUCAACAUGUGGGUGAACAACCUCUGCGUCUUCUUUGUGAAUGUGCUCUUCAACGCCUACAAACAUGAGGAGAUGCUCAAGGAGAAAAUGAAGGAAAACAGGCUCGAGGAAGCAGCACUAGCUCAGCAGAGGCAGAUAGAGAAUGAAGAGCUGGAAGCCAGGCUGAACAUCCUACGGGAAGAAGAGGCCAAAAGACAAGACUUCGAUGUUGACAUCAGUGUGCUCAAGGAGCCCUUGGAUGCUCCAUCCUCCCAGCCACCCACACCCAGCCCUCCUAAAGAAGAGUUGGCUUCCACCCAGAGCAGCAAGACCAGCCCUGGCAAGAAGAAGAAGAAGUGAAGGUACUGGGUGUCAUGGUUGAGCUGCAAAGACAGGCAGACAUAGAAACUGUGACAAAUGUCCCAUAAAAUAAAGGGUUUGCACUUA